AAUGGUUUAGAAUUAUAAUAAAUUGUUUAAUAACCUUUGUAAACUUUGUCAAGCAAAGGCAACUUAUACAAUUAGUCUGAAAUGGUUAAUUGAUUUUUGGGCCACCCACAGAAAAAUAUAAUUCAAAUUUUAAAAAAUUUUAAAGCUAAUUAAUAUAAAUUGUGAUAAACAUUAUAAGAAAUUCUAAUAAGUUAAAAUCAAUCUACAAACAGGAAUUAAUUAACUUUACUUCCUGCAACGAUAAACUUGCAACAACGGGAAAUCAUUUGCGGUUCUUAAAAUCAUAACAACUUGACUAAUAGAAUUCAACUGGCAAUUUAUAUUUGCUGGGAAUUAAUUUUAAUGUAGAAAAAGAAAGAUGAAGACCUUUUCUUCAAUUGUUUUCACACUUACUUUGUGUGUUAUUGUUUAUGCUGCAACUCCAGAACAAAUUAAAAUAUUGUGCUCAUAUUCAAAGGAUACUAUUUAUCAGGUUUUGAAUUUUGUUAUUCAAAGUGAUAAAGAUGCAGAAAAGUUUGCCAAUGUUCUGCACGAAUGUUUAAGCCCACACUUCCAAACUUCCGGUCGCUUGGAUUCGUAUAAAAAAUUUCUCUGUCAUCCAGAAAUUAAGCAAAAUGCACUUAUUUAUCUUUGUCUGUAUGAUCACCGUGAGGAAUUAAGAGGUAUUGUGAGGUUUCGUUUAAAAAGUGGUAACGACGAACACCAAGCAAGUGAUGACAAUAUAAACAACAUCUGGAAUAACAUUACCUUCUGACAAAAUGUAUCGGGCUUAGAUGCAGAAUAAUAAAUAUUUUGUAUUUAAAAAAAA